AUGUGGCAAAUUUACCAGGUACAUCUCUGUGGUGGAACAAUUUCUUUAAUAGCAGCAUUGCUUAUCGGCCCAAGAAUUGGACGUUUUCCUGAGAAGGAAGCUAGGCAGAAAAAUAAAGUUAAAAAAGGAAAACAACAACGAAUCACACCUCUGAGGAAUGUCGGGACAGAAGGAAAAUUACCAAAAAUUGCGGAAAUUAAGGGGCAUUCAGUACCUUUUGCCUCUCUUGGAGGAUUUAUUCUAAUGUUUGGAUUUCUUGCUUUCAAUGGAGGAUCAACAGGAGAAAUUUCAACUAAAGGUGUUGGACAAAUAGUAGCCAAAGUUAUGGUUAAUACUAUUUUGUGUGGGGCUUUUGCUGCUUUGUCUUAUUUGUUUGUUCAUUUUAUCAGAAAAGGAAAGUGGACAAUUUUGUUGACAAUUAAUGCGUGUUUAACUGGUAUGUUUUUAAUAAAUUCUGAUUUUGUUGUUGUUUUGAACAAAAAUAAAAUCAGAAUAAAAUUAAAACAUACUCAAAACAAAACAUAGGAGAAUAGAAGAAAAACAAAACCAGAAUUUAAAAUAAAAUUAGAAUAUUUGAAAACAAAACACUAGUUCAAAACCAGAAUAAAAUCAAAACAUUUGUUUUGCUUAGAUAAAAACACACCAGAAUUAAAAAGUAAGAAAAACAAAACCAGAAUAAAGAAAGAAAACAAUAUCAGAAAAAACAUGAGAACAUAACCAGAAUAUUUACAGAAAAACACAUACAAAACCAGAAUAAAAUUUGAACAUUUAAUUAUUCUUUCAUUAUUAAG